CAGAUGCUGGAAGAAAUAGCAACCAAGCAAGGCCAAUCAAUCUCAGCCCAUCGCAAAAGAUAAUCAGAGAGUUCAAGAAGACUGAACUGCGGAAAUAUGGUGCUCCACAAACUAGUCCAACUACAUUGAAAACUAGUGUGACAGAAUGGCAGGUCCUGUACACUACACAGCUAACUCAAAAAUCAAAGAGGUAUCAUGAUGGUUUCUUACGAGUCUCAGUUUGUGGAUCUCUUGGGAGGCAGGUCGUGUUGUUUGAUGAACACAGAAAACUCUUAGAAAGCAGCUAUCUCAAGAGAGAUGUAGUAAUAAGAUCUGGAGAAUCAAUAUCUUUGGAUGCUCAUUUGGUUGAGAUUGGUGAAUGCAAAGGAAAUGAUAGCAGUAAUGAUGGGAAACUAGGAAUAAGGCAUGAGCAGAAGCAUCAAUCUGAAAGUGAUGGAGCUUUUGGAAAAGAAUGGCAGGUCAUGUACACUACACAAGUUACUCAAAAAGCCAAGAAGUACCAUGAUGGUUUCUUACAACUCCCAAAUUCUGGAACCCUGCAGAGGCAGAUUAUGUUAUAUGAUGGAAGCAAGAAACUAAUAAAUAGCAGAUUCCUGAAGAAAGACGAAGUAAUACAAUCUGGUGAAUCAAUAGCAUUUGAUGCUCAUUUGGUUGAGAUUGGAGAACCUGAAGGAAACUAUCAAGGCCUUAUGGACUCAGAUGUUCGUGUAAGCAAUUCCAAUAUUGCUGGAAAAACAGGGCCGAUGCACAGAGUGCAGAAUUGUCUUAAAACCAAUAAAUCCUUUUUGAAAGGAAAACCUCAAAAAAAUGCUUGUUCAAGGGGAUAUGCAGAUCCAAGUUAUAGCAUCUCAAACAUUGAUGAGACAAAAUUAAGUGAGAAUGUAUCUGCAAACAAGCCUUUACGUGAUGCUAUUCAAAUCCUGUCCAUCCUCCAAAAACCUAUUAUGCAAGACAGCAUUGCCAUGGUGUCUAUGGAUAGGAACAUCAUGAAUCCAGUUCCUAAGGAGCCUCAGAGUUCAGAUUCUACUAGAAAUAUUCCUGAAUGUAGUCAACCACCAAGGGUACCAAUAGCAAAUCAUGGAUCAGGUGAAAAACUGGAUAGUAGGGAGUCAACUGAAUGCAUAAACAUCCAAAAAUUCCCUGAUCUCUGUCCUAAAGCAAAAUCCAGUUGUAGUGGCAAUAAAUCCUCCAAGAACAGUGAAGUUGGAAACUCACAUGAGACUGACUCAGACAAUAUGGAAUCAGUUGUUGGUUGCUCAAGUCCAAUUAUCCAUGGUUGUCAGGAGACAGUUGAUAUAACGAAGAAUUCUGUUGAAGUCAAGAUUUCAAGGGAAGCAGGUGAGUGCCCAAGUUUUAAACUUGGAUUUGACUGAAGGGUGUUAUAUGUGGUUAUUCUUGAUAAAGUGCAGCACCAAUACAAUUGAAAUGCAGUAAUGAAACUUGUUCACGGCCAUUAAUGUAGAAAGAAACAUUAAUUUUGAAAUUGGUGCCUUGCAUGUCUCUUUUGUGUAAUGGAAAUUUUUUUUAUUUAUCUGGGUAGUAAAAAUCUACUACAAAGUAUACACUAUUGUAGAUAUUAUUGUAUGAAAAUAUCUUCCUUGAGUCCUCGGCUUUCUUAGUU